AUGUCUAAGAGUCCUAAGUCCAAGACCGCCACAAGUCCAUCACUGCAGCUCUUGGCCACUGCGGUCCUCUCUCUGGUGCUCAGCCCCUUGGUUUUCCUAGGUGGUAAUGACACGCUAACAGAUGACUGGAGGGGAACAAAACUUCAGGGAGACUGGGGAGCAUCACCCUGCAUAUGGCUUCCAGUUGCCAUGGUAGAAAACAAAGAAUUUAGACAAAAUCCACUGUCAUUCCAAGAUAUGUCUGUAGCACAGAGUCCAGACUGUCGUGGGGCGACAGGAGAGAGGAGCCACAGUCAAAUGAAUCAGGUGCCAUUCACUCCUGAAUUUACCAAAAUGUUGACAAAAAGCAGUCCACGCUUUGGUAGCUUGAGUCACCACUCGUUCUUCUCCAGGCACAACCCUCAUCCACACAGGGUGAGGCAUAUCCAAGGACUUAAUGGCAGGCCCGUUUGCAUGGUGAGAGAUGACUGGUUUGUCACCUCAUCAUUAUUUCCUCAUCCGCUUCUCAAGAGCCAUGUCCUCAGGAAAUCAACUGAUACAUCUUUUGCUUUUCCCCUGACUCAGUAUCGUUCUGGAGUCAGCAGUGACAAACACAAAUCAGCAUUAUUUUCUGAAGCCUGGAGAGAUGAACUUAAAGAACUUGCUGCAAAAGUCAGUUUGUCUUCUCAAGCACGAAAGGACAAAAAAGAGGUAGUUGAAGAAUUUGUCCGUCGAAAGACCCAAUAUUCAGCUCAAACUGGGAGACUCAUUCCUCCAUCCACCAAGUCUCACCAGCGCAGAUCCCAUUCCCAGCGUCUGGUGUAUCCUCAACCCUUACAUGAUCAAGAACUAAUGGUGUUGGAGCUGCUUUGUCAGAUCCUGCAGACAGAUUCCCUGUCUACAGUCCAGCAGUGGCUUCUGCUUUCAGGACAAAGAGAGAAAGACCUGGUGAUGGGGAUGAUCAAACAUGCUCUGGAUGGUGUGGACCUCUCAGGCCAUCAUCAGGAGAACUUCCAGCAGCUUCAGACUUUUCAUCCUAGUGCGUCUCCACCAACAUACGCUCCCACAGAGUGA